UAUUACGAAGAUUUUUCGUCAGUUUUUUUAAAAAAAAAGAAAAUAGAAAUACGAAAAUUAAGAUUGUCUGGAUAAGACUGCCAUGUUUUUGCCCCACUGUUUUAUCAAAGCGAAUGUACAUUUUAUAAAAAGUGUAGCUCAUGUUAAAUUGGGUAGUAACAACGUUGUCUUCUUUCGGCCACUAUCGUCAAAAAUUUGCCAGUCAUUGAGUAAUUCUACGUUCUCAUUUCUUAAAACAUCCAGGAUUUCUUCCGCAGGAAUGUUGAAAAUAAAGGUUGGACCUGUAGUUGAUAUUUUAGGUGAUGAAAUGACAAGAAUCAUUUGGGAUUCUAUUAAGGAAAAACUUAUUUUACCAUUCUUAGAUAUAGAACUGCAUACUUAUGAUUUGGGUAUUCAAAAUCGAGAUGCCACCAACGACAAUGUAACUGUAGAAUGUGCAGAGGCCAUUAAAAAGUAUAAUGUAGGAAUCAAAUGUGCUACUAUUACUCCAGAUGAAAAUAGAGUAAAAGAAUUUAAUUUGAAGCAAAUGUGGAAAAGUCCAAAUGGUACUAUUAGAAAUAUCUUAGGUGGUACAGUUUUCCGUGAACCUAUUAUUUGUAAAAACAUACCAAAAUUAAUAACCAGUUGGAUUCAACCAAUUAUAAUUGGUAGACAUGCUCAUGCAGAUCAAUAUAAAGCUACAGAUUUCAUAGUACCUGGACCAGGCAAACUUGAAAUUAUAUGGACUGGAGAUAAUGGAGAAAAGAUUCAACAUAUGGUUCAUAAUUUCAAGUCAUCUGGAAUUGCACAAGCUCAAUAUAAUACAGAUGAGAGUAUCUAUGCCUUUGCCCACAGUUCUUUUCAAUAUGCUUUAUCAAAGAACUAUCCUUUAUAUCUUUCCACAAAGAAUACAAUUCUUAAACAAUAUGAUGGCAGAUUUAAGAAUAUUUUCCAAGAAGUAUAUAAUAAAGAAUAUAAAGCACAAUUUGAAGACAAAAACAUUUGGUAUGAACAUCGUCUAAUAGAUGAUAUGGUAGCAUAUGCAAUAAAAUCAGAGGGUGGUUUUGUAUGGUCUUGUAAAAAUUAUGAUGGUGAUGUUCAAUCUGAUUCUGUAGCACAGGGAUUUGGAUCUUUAGGUCUAAUGACCUCAGUCUUAGUUUGUCCAGAUGGACGUACUUUGGAAGCAGAAGCUGCUCAUGGUACAGUUACAAGACACUAUCGUCAAUAUCAACAAGGAAAAGAAACUUCAACAAAUCCUAUUGCUUCUAUAUUUGCAUGGACAAGAGGUUUACUUCAUCGUGCAAAAUUAGACAAUAAUCAAGAGCUCAAAAAGUUUGCAGAAACUUUAGAAGCAGUCUGUAUCAAUACUGUUGAAUCAGGUUUCAUGACAAAAGAUCUUGCAAUUUGUAUCAAAGGCGUAAAUAAUAUUACUAGAUCUGAUUACUUAGAAACAUUUGAAUUUAUGAAUAAACUAGCAGACAAUUUGCACAAGCAAUUAAAAUGACGAGAAUAUGAUUUUUCUAAUAAAAUGCUAUCAAAGUAUUAAUUAUAU